AUGUCCGUCGAACAGAAGAUCACAGCAUCCCAGGCUUGCCACAUCGAUGGUCGUGCAGGAUACUUUCGCUUUCGUCAAGCACAGCUCCAGGGCCUUUACAACCUUGUGUCUAAAAACAGGGACGCAUUCGUUGCCGCUUUGAGGUCUGAUACACAAAAGAAUGAGUUUGAAGCUGUCCUCGAAGUCAAUCUCGUCCUCAAGCAACUACGCGCUGGCUUUGAGGCGACUGCAUUCGAUGUGCUCACUGCCCGUGCCAAGGAGCAGUAUCUCAGUGGCACAGUCGAGGCACCUCAGGGCACAGUUUUGAUUGUCGGGCACUGGACAGCUCCGCUGGACUCGGUCCUUGGUCCUCUUUGCGCGGCCAUUACUGCCGGUAAUGUCGCGGUUGCGGUUCUCCCUGCCCCAGCCAUGUCGACCUAUGAACUCCUUAUCCAACUGUCCCCUCGGCAGUACGACGUCGAAGCCUACCCAGUUCUCCUCGGUACUGAGGCCGUCAUCAACAAGGCCCUCUCUUUCCGUUUCAACAGCUACUAUGGCACCGUAACUGACCACGGUCUGCGCCAGCAGCUUGUUACCGCCGCGACCCGCGCCGACGCGACUAUCAAGGUGUUGCCUUCGGCCACCAAUAUCCGCAAGCACAACAUUGCCAUUGUAAACAAGACUAUUCCCGAAUCACAGCUUGUGCAGGUGGCCCGUGAAGUGUGCCGUGCGAGCUUUGGCUGCGUGGGUGGGCAAGGCUUGGGCCAUGUCUCAGUGGUGCUCGUCCAUGGUGAGAGGCAUGAUGCUUUCUCCCGCGAAAUGGUCCGUGCGACCCGGCACCUGUUCCCCUCCUCUGGCCGUCACGCAGGAAUGCGUGACUUGUGUCCACUCAAUGUCACCGAGACGGAGAUCUCCACUCUUGGGGCAGCCGUCAAGGAAGGAAAUCUCGUCUGCGGUGGUGAGUGGGACGCCGCCACCGGCUGGUUCGCCCCUACCAUCCUCGAGAACGUCAAUGUCAAGUCGUCUCUCUUGGCAACUCCCUUGGCCGGCCCGAUUCUUCCUUUGGUGCCCUUCCACAGCACUGAAGAGGCCAUCAGGAUUGCCCAGGACAUCACCGGUCACAACCUCGCGGUCUUUGGCACCCAGAAGGACAAGAACUACUUCACCGUUGCCCUUUGUCCGUCACGCGCCACCACCGGAUGCGUCCUGGGAGAUUUAGUGGGCCUUGCCCCUGGUCCGGACAACGACCGUUACCCCGCCAGCCUGUUCACCACCAUCACUGUCCUAAGCGAGGCAGAUGCCAGUAUCAAAGAUCUCUUCCCACCAUACUCGGCCUGGCAGAUCUCUUUGUUGGACAAGAUUUUACUUCCUAAGUCUCCCAAAGAGCUCAAGGCUAAGCGACCGAUGCACCAGUCGUCUGUGGGUCGCAACUUCUUCCUUCAGGGUGCAAUGCUGUCAGUAGUGAUCAUCGUGUCUUUGCUUGGAGCGGCUGGUCUUGUAGCGUACAUGUUUUUGAAGUAG